GUCGCGCAGAGUUGGCUGUUGCUAUACAGUUGCUGGGAGGAGGCGACAAGUAGGGUAGCAGGGGCAAAGAUCAUGCAGGACAGCGAGAGGUUUCCUGGGCAGCAGAGGCCGCUGGGCUGGCGAUGAAAGAAGCAGGGCAGAUGCAAAAUCUGGAGAGCGAGGGGGCCGGACGGUCAGUCAGCACCCAGACUGGCAGCAUGACCGGUGAAAUACCAAGGCUUUCUAAAGUCAACCUUUUCACUCUGCUCAGUCUCUGGAUGGAGCUCUUCCCAUCAGUCAAAAGUCAAAGACAAAAGUCUCAGGAAAGGGAGGAAGGAAAGCAUGGACCCUUAGGAGAUAAUGAAGAGAUGGCCAGAGUAUCUACUGACAAAAAACAGGUGAAGAGAACUGGUCUUGUGGUGGUGAAAAACAUGAAAAUUGUUGGUCUCCACUGUUCAAGUGAAGAUUUACAUGCUGGGAAAAUCGCUCUGAUAAAACAUGGGUCAAGGUUGAAAAACUGUGAUCUUUAUUUUUCCAGAAAACCAUGUUCUGCUUGUUUGAAAAUGAUUGUAAAUGCUGGAGUUAACCGAAUUUCCUAUUGGCCUGCUGAUCCAGAAAUAAGCUUGCUUACUGAGGCUUCUAGUUCUGAAGAUGCAAAGUUAGAUGCCAAAGCAGUGGAAAGAUUGAAGUCAAACAGUCGGGCCCAUGUGUGUGUCUUACUUCAGCCUUUGGUGUGUUACAUGGUGCAGUUUGUAGAGGAGACCUCUUACAAAUGUGACUUUAUUCAAAAAAUUUCAAAAACAUUGCCGGACACUACCAUUGACUUUUAUUCUGAAUGUAAACAAGAAAGAAUAAAAGAAUAUGAAAUGAUAUUUUUGGUUUCCGGAGAAGAAAUGCAUAAGCAAAUACUGAUGACUAUAGGUUUGGAGAACCUGUGUGAAAAUCCGUACUUUAGCAAUCUAAGACAGAACAUGAAAGACCUUAUCCUACUUUUGGCCACAGUAGCUUCCAGUGUGCCCAACUUUAAACACUACGGAUUUUAUUGUAGCAAUACCGAACAGAUUAACGAAAUUCACAAUCAGAGUUUGCCGCAAGAAAUUGCAAGGCACUGCAUGGUUCAGGCAAGGUUAUUGGCAUAUCGAACUGAGGAUCAUAAAACAGGAGUUGGAGCAGUCAUCUGGGCAGAAGGAAAAUCUAGAAAUUGUGAUGGAACAGGAGCAAUGUACUUCAUAGGAUGUGGUUAUAAUGCUUUUCCUGUUGGAUCUGAGUAUGCUGACUUCCCACACAUGGACGACAAACAGAAAGACAGAGAAAUAAGGAAAUUCAGAUACAUUGUACACGCAGAACAGAAUGCCUUGACAUUUAGGUGUCAAGAGAUAAAACCAGAAGAAAGAAGUAUGAUUUUUGUGACAAAGUGCCCAUGUGAUGAAUGUGUACCUUUAAUUAAAGGUGCGGGCAUAAAACAAAUCUAUGCAGGGGAUGUAGAUGUUGGAAAAAAGAAGGCAGACAUCUCUUACAUGAGAUUUGGGGAACUUGAAGGCGUUAGCAAAUUUACAUGGCAAAUGAAUCCAUCAAGAACUUGUGUUCUUGAGCAAAAUGAGCCUGAAAGCAGAGAAAAUGGUGUGUUGGGACCCAUACCCCGGGAUGAAGAACAGCACCAAAACAAGAAGCUGCGUCUUGCAAACCACUAAGAAGUCUUGUGUAAACUAGGGUGAAGGCCUCAAGAAUUUUUAUUGCACUUUUAAAAUCCAGCCUUCUUAACUCAGAAAAUAAGAAUGGAUUUUGGAUAUAAUUGAAAAAAAUUUUUAAAGAAAGCUAAUUUAUUACUAGCAUAUGAAUGAUAUUAAUGAGAAUAUUUUUAUUUUAGAUUUGUGUGUUUUCCAGAGUAUAGUGGUGUGUUUUUUUAUUACACUGAAUGAGGUAUCAAUAAUUUAAUGAGACCCAGUUCAAUCGGCCAUACAGAUUGAUUUCUCCUUGUCUUAGCUUUACAUUAAGCAGUUUGAAAGGGGCUGGUUUAUUGGAUCACACAUCUCAGCAAAGAAUUACAUACCUUUUCAGAAACAUUAAUUUUUUAAAAUAAAUUUAUUUAUUAUUUUUGGCUGCAUUCGGUCUUCGUUGCUGCACGUGGGAUCUCUCUAGUUGCGGCGAG